CAUGGCGGACGGGACAGAAGAAAGUGUGUUAACCUUGUACAAUCUAGCAGUUUUUAAAGCAGUUAGGCACCAAAAUGUCUUCCGUACUGAAUUCAGAUACCUCCCUGAUGCCAUACAAUGUGAUAUUUACCGCCAGCUUUUCCAUGCUGGUGAAUACGACAGUCUAGCUGAUGAACUACUCGACUUAGAAGCGUUUGCAAAAGCUUUAAGAGCUGGAGAUCGAAGGGUUAAACUUUACUAUCCAUUUCAAGAACUAAUAGAUAAAGGCUACAACCUCCCAAAGGAAAUAUCCCAAGAAUUCUGUCAACGAAUUAAAAUAUCUCUUCAUGAGAAGGAAAAUGUUGCCAAACAUUAUGGGACUCUUCUUAGUAUUGGCUGGCUCAUUGGUGGAUUUUUAACAGAGACUGGAUGGCAUCUGGCUGCAGAGGAUAUCUUUGAAGCUUGUCUUUCACUUUGUGAUAUCAGAAAGACUGAUGAUUGUGCUAUAGCAUUAAGAUGUUUUACACGAUUGGUGUAUGUUCGCACAGCAUAUUGCAAGUUUACAGAAGCAAAGCAUUCGUUUGAUGAUGCCAUGGAGUUGGUACAGAAGUUGAGAAACAGAGGGCAGAAGGUCAAUACUGCGGUAUUAUACGGUGAAAAAUGUGCAUUGCUCUUUGCACUUAGUGAAUAUGAACAGGCUUAUCAAAAUAGCAUCAGAGCUUUAGAAGAAAUAACCCAAGGACUUCCUGAAAAGGCUGUGAUAGAUAUUGUCAGACAGGCGUCCAAGGCAUGUGUGGUUAAGAGAAAAUUCAAGAAAGCAGAAACCUUAAUAAAGCAAGCAAUGGAAUUGGCCAGACUCUACUUCGGAGAAGAGCAUCCCAAGUUUGCGGACACUUUAGUAGACUAUGGCUUUUAUUUAUUGAACGUAGAUUCUAUCCAUAUGUCAGUACAGGUUUACAAGACAGCACUACAGAUAAGACAGAAGGUGUUUGGUAAGAACAAUGUACAUGUUGCCACAGCACAUGAGGACUUGGCUUAUGCUCUCUAUGUGCAUGAGUACAGCACUGGCAAGUUUGAUGAAGCCAAGUAUCAAGCUGAAUGUUCAAUAAGCAUUGUUACAGGACUCUUCCCCCAAGACCAUCUUCURUUAGCCUCUUCCAAGCGUGUUAAAGCACUAAUUUUGGAAGAGAUUGCUAUUGAUUGCUACGACAAAGAAAAAGAGAGCAAAAUCCUACAGGAGGCACAGGAUCUGCACUUGUCCUCUCUAGACUUAGCAAGGAAAGCGUUCGGAGAAAGCAAUGUGCAAACUGCAAAGCAUUAUGGGAACCUGGGCAGGCUUUACCAAUCAAUGCGGAGAUACAAGGAAGCGGAGGAAAUGCAUAAGAGAGCCAUUGAAAUCAAAGAAAGAAUUUUAGGAAGUGAGGAUUAUGAGGUCGCGCUAUCUCUUGGCCACCUUGCAUCGUUAUAUAACUAUGAUAUGGAACGAUAUGACAAGGCAGAGGAGCUGUACAUUAGAUCCAUCGCUAUUGGAAGAAAACUAUUUGGUGAUGGGUACAGUGGUCUGGAGUAUGACUAUCGAGGGUUGAUUAACCUGUACGACUCUCUAGGUGAUUUUGAAGACAGUGAUAAAUACAAGGCCAUACUAAUAGAAUGGAAAGCGAUCCGUGAGCGUGUUUCCCAGAAUAACGUCAUGGAUGUCGACACACUUGGGGACCCUAGACCAACUCAUCAGUUUAUUGAAAGCUUUUUAAGUGAAUUAGAUUAACAAUGGCGUCGUUUUACCCAAAUGACAUUGAAACACGAACCAAGGAGUCUAGCAUAUGCGCGAGUCUUCGAGUGAUCGAAACGCCUAGGCGGAAUAAAAGUGAAGGUGGUCUUGGCCGCUUAAGUGAGAACCUCCCAACCCUCACCCCCACCCCCUAAAUGUUCUGCACAAAUAGAAUGGCCGAGUCAGUGACCACCCAUUUUGCAUGUUUGUUUUCGAUAUUCAGGCUUUUCUUCGUUUUGGUUCUUGAAACAAAAAGAAAGGAAAAGAAAACGAGAAAAAGAAAGAAAGGAGAAAGAGAAAGAGACAUAAGAGAAAGAGACGUAAUACGAUACGGUAGCUGGCUGCUAUUCUAUUCAAAUCUUGGGGUUUCUCGGCUUAGCUUAGAAUCAUACAACUCCAUUUCCAAUUCAAGAUUUCCAAUGAUUCAACUAUUUCCAUACAAAUAUAUCAUCUGAAUACAAUCAAUUUGUGAAUGGUUAUUGAGAUGUUUAUACGUUUUGAACAACUAAUUUAUAUAAAUUCRAUAUUUUAAGAAAAAACUACAAAUAUUCUUAAGUGUACUUUCAAUGAUCCCUCAAGAUCUGUAUGCAAGUAGAAUGUAGCUCAUAGUAUUAUAUUUAAGGAAUAUCCCACGCAAGUCAAUGUACUGUGAUAUGAACACGCUGGCAGUUGUAAAGCACGAGAUGCACGCUUGGUAUUCGGCCAAUCAGCGCGCGCGUUAUGUUUCAAAGCUUUUAUAUAUGUAAAUAAAUAAAUAUAUAGAAAUAUCCAGACUUGCAAUUUUGAAGCUAUAAUAAUAAAUGAAGAAAAAAAAGCUAA